GAGGGGCUCCUUUGAAGGCAUGGCUUUCGCACAGCGGGAUUCACAGAGCAGCCUGCUCCCGCAAGAUGCUCAAAUAAGGGGAAAGGAAUGGUUUCCCAACCAGGCGUACAGAGAGCAGUGGCAGCCUCUGACUAGUGAGGUGCUACAUUGGCCUUUAUCAGCUGUAAAAGUAUGUGUGCCAAGGGUAAGCUGCCUGUGUCCUUAGAUCAAGUGAACCUGUCCAUGUAGGCAGUAACAUCAGAAAAUUAACUGGCCUAAAGAAAAGAGAUGGGAGGGAGCUGAAGUACUCACUUGGAACUGGUUUCCCCUCUGAUUCCAGCAGUAUUGGUGGUGUAACACUCUGCACCUGACUGUCCUGAGUCUCCUUGGCUUAUGUGACCCGUGCAUCUGUGGCAGAUGGCAACGUUUUGGCCAUCAUUUGCUGUUGCCUCUGACUUGCUUUGCAGUGCUUGGGUGACUGAGGGAGCUUUUGUGUAUGCAGGAAGAUAUCUGCACUUUUAACCCUCUGAGUUUGGCAGGGGGGUAAAAGCAAGCAGGAGAGUACCAGGUCUUGUGCAUUUGAUGUAGUCUAAAAAAAUUUCUGUAUUUACACAUUCUUUAAUUGCAAGUUAAGUCAUUGAAAUGAAACAGUUGAAAUGGAGUGAGGAGUCACUAGCAUUGUGCUGAAUACAAGUGUAUGCCCUGAGUGCUCCUUGCCUGUCUGGAAAUUUUUACAGCUUACUGGUAUGAUGAUGUUAAGACUGUAAAGUCAUUAAAUGAGAGUGAAACUGUGUCAAAUAAUUUCCCACUUCUGGAUUUCCUGGCAAUACUGAAUUGCAGGCACUGACAUCACAGCUGUUAUCUGGGAUGCUCCCACAGCUGCCUGAUGCUGCACAGGCUGAGGUUGCUGCCAGGCACUGCUGUGGAAGGAUUAAAUCUGUCAGCAUCAAAUACCUCUUCUUAGCUCAGCUACCAAAGAAAUAACACAUUUUUGAGUCAUUUGAAUAUUGCAUGCUGGACUUCUUACAAUCCAUAGUUUAUAACCUUCUUUCAUGGCUUGCAGCAAACAUAAUAAACACUUGUUUUGAGUCACAGCCCAGCCUUGUCUUGACUGCAGCUGUCCUUGAGUUUCCUUAGGACCCUGACCGUAUGGUCAGAGGUAGGAGUUAACUUUUACAGGUGAUAGGGCAGGUCCUUGGCAAAUCUGUGAUGCUUUGUGUCCUUUGGUGUGCUGGGCAGGAGGCACUGGUGGGAAGGGAUGUCUUGAUGCUGACUUCAGGCAUUUGGAGCUUAGGGCGCACAGAUGUGUACAGAUGUGCAUGUUUGUGCAGACUUUGGGCAGUGCUUUCUCCUGCCUAGAGAAGUAGAAAAGGUGGGAAAGAGGGAGAAGGGAAAGGUUCUUUUAAACGUUUCUCUCUUUUUUUUUUCUUUUGUUUUUUUAUUUUAUUUUUAACGAGGGGAUGGAUUUUAAUAGUGGACAGUGGGGUUUUCUCUUGAGUUUUGCUUGUGCCUGUGCAGAGCUAUCCUGUCCUGCCCCGGGGCUGGCUCUGGGCAUAGUAAUGCAGCCCAUGUACCCUGCUGUGAGUCGCUGGAUCGAGGUGCUGUGGCCAGAGUCUCCAGGACUGUCAAGUGGCUACCUGUCAAGUAAACCAGCUGAGGUGGGAGCUGGGCACUUACCUAUGGAGCUGAGUGAGAAGGGAGGUGUGGAGAACAAUGGAUUUGUUCAGAAUGAGGCGUUUGAGGACACGGACACCGGUAGCCAAGAAGAAAUGCCAGAGAAGUGCACUGUUGAUGUGGACCCCAUGGCUGUGGAGGAGCCAGUGCUGAAGCCUUAUGCUGGGAUGCCAAAGGAAGUCUUGCUGCAGUUCUCCAGCCAAGCCCGCUACAGAGUCACCAGGGAGAUCCUCUUCUGGCUCAUAAUCGCUGGUUCCGUUGUGCUUGUGUGCGCUACGAUUGCCAUCAUCGCUCUCUCUCCAAAGUGCCUUUACUGGUGGCAGGCUAGUCCUAUUUAUCAGAUCUAUCCUCGUUCCUUCAAGGACAGCAACAUGGAUGGCAAUGGGGAUCUGAAAGGUAUCCAAGAAAAACUGGACCAUAUUACAUCUUUGAAUAUCAAAACUGUCUGGAUCACCUCUUUCUUUAAGUCCCCUUUAAAAGACCUUGGAUAUGGAGCUGAAGACUUUUAUGACGUUGAUCCCAUUUUUGGAUCCAUGAAAGAUUUUGAGAAUCUGAUUGCAGCCAUACAUGAAAAAGGGCUAAAGGUGAUAGUGGAUUUCAUCCCGAACCACACGAGCGACAAACACCGGUGGUUUCAGCUGAGCCGCAAUGGGACGGGGAAGUUCGCGGACUACUACAUCUGGCAGGACUGCCCGGCGGCCGGUGGCUCCGCCGUGCCUCCCAACAACUGGGUGAGUGUCUUUGGGGGCUCCAGCUGGCAGUUUGACGACGUGAGAAAGCAAUGUUAUUUCCAUCAGUUUGGGAAGGAGCAGCCAGACUUAAAUUUCCGCAACCCUGCCGUCCAGCAAGAAAUCCAUGAUAUUAUAAAAUUUUGGCUGGGCAAAGGAGUUGAUGGAUUUAGUUUCAGCGCUGUUAAAUUUCUCCUAGAAGCAACACAUCUCCGAGAUGAGCCUCCAGUGAAAAAGGAUGGAGCGAGCAUCACAGCCUACUCCCAGCUCUACCACGACUACACCACCACGCAGGUUGGUUUGCACGACAUCAUCCGCAGCUUCCGCCACACCAUGAACGGAUUCAGCACGGAGCCUGGCAGAUACAGAUUCAUGGGUUCUAUUGAUGAUGAAAAGGAAGACAUUGAAGCAACAAUGAUGUAUUAUGGAACGACUUUUAUCCAAGAAGCAGAUUUUCCCUUCAAUUUCAACCUAAUUAACAUGAAAAAUCUAUCAGGCAACAGUGUUUUUGAAGCUGUCGACUCGUGGAUGAAAAACAUGCCUGCAGGAAAAUGGCCAAACUGGGCAGUUGGAAGCCCUAACGCUGCUCGGAUUUCAUCUCGGAUUGGGAAGGAGUACAUCAAUGUCAUGAACAUGCUGCUUUUAACCCUCCCUGGCACUCCUGUAACUUACUAUGGUGAAGAAAUAGGCAUGGAGAACAUUGCAUCAGCAAAUGCGACCCUCCCAGGGAAAUCCCCCAUGCAGUGGGAUGGAAAAAUUAAUGCUGGUUUUACUGAAGGCAACAGCAGCUGGUUACCUGUUAACCCCAACUACCAAAGUGUGAAUGUGGAAAUCCAGAGCAGCCGCUCCAACUCGACGCUGGGUUUGUACAGAGCGCUGACCUCGCUGCGGAGCAGGGAGCUGCCCCUGAACCGGGGGUGGAUGUGCCACAUCUGGAAUGACAGUAACGUGUUUGUGUACGUCAGGGAGCUGGAUGGGUUAGCCAGAGUCUUCAUGAUGGUGCUCAACUUCGGCCGGGAGGCCACAAUAGACCUGAAGGCCAAAGCUCCCAACCUUCCCUCUGAAGCUGUAAUAAGACUCAGUACUCAUUUUAGCAAUGCUGGUAAAGUGGUCAAUACCCAACUAAUUAAAACUGAAAAGGGAGAAGGCCUGGUCCUUGAAUACAAAACAGCAAAGCAUGUUCAUACUAUGGACGCUUUUAGAGGGAAGUGUUUUGUGGCAGAAAAAGCUUGUUAUUCCAAGGCCUUCAAUUUACUGUACAUGAACUGUUAAGCAGAGGAGUAGAAUAUCUAUGCUUUUAUGUUAAUUUAGAAAAUACUAGUUUCAGGGAAAUGCUAAAAAUACUCAGCUGCCUUUAGCUUUUAAAACUUUGUUUGUGUACAAAAUAAAUACCCUGAAAAAUCAGAUAUGUGAUUGUCUUGUAUCUAUAUUUGUGAUGAAAAGGAAGAAUGGUAUCAACUCCCCCUUAGGGUCUGUGGAGAAGAAAAGUAAAUCUGUUCUAAAACACUGUCCUGUUUAAGCAUGUAUUUUAGGGAGGAGAGGGAACAGUUGCUUUCUGGGUGCUGACCCUGGAGGUUGCUGGUCUCUAAGUGCUCCUGUGGAAUCCCAAGCCUUUGGUAGUUCACUGUAACUUUUUUGAAGUCUGCAGAUUUGUAAAACUUAUUCCAAAGGGGUGGCCCUAUAUUUGCUGAAACAGGUGACCGCAAGCAGAGUAUACUGUUGUGAUGUUUUACCUCCUCUCUCAAAUCUAACAACUCUGAUUAUCCUCAGAGUUAGUAAGAAGAAGAACAAAAUAUAGCUAAUAUCUAAUUGCACACUCAUAACUGCAUUUCCAGUGGAUUCUCCCCCUCCCUGCUGAGUUAGAAUACGUUUGCAUUCUCAUAUUUCUUUUCCUGCCCUAAGACUGAGGUGAGGAGUGUGUACUUCAGUUCAGAGGAAGCAGCUGAACCAACCCUUCUGAAUGUCACACUUGUAUGUGUGCUCUGAUUUGCAUUUGCUGCAC